AUGGCGAAUUUUUUCGAUAUCAAGGCUCGCAAGGCCGCUGCUGCUGCUACAGCCUCGGGAGAGGGUUCUUCCAAAUCUACUGGUCCAAAGGUUGACAAUCGCCUGCAGCCGUGGGUCGAGAAAUACCGCCCCAAAUCGCUCGACGAUGUCUCAUCACAGGAGCACACCGUCGAUGUCCUUCGCCGAACCCUCCAAUCCGCCAAUCUUCCACACAUGCUCUUCUACGGUCCUCCCGGCACCGGCAAGACCUCGACCGUCCUCGCUCUCGCAAAACAGCUCUAUGGCCCCGAACUCAUCAAGACCCGUGUCCUUGAGCUCAAUGCUUCAGACGAACGUGGUAUCAGCAUCGUCCGUGAGAAGGUCAAGGACUUUGCCCGCAUGCAGCUAUCAAAUCCUCCCUCUGGCCCCGCUGGCGAAGAGUACCGCAAAAGAUACCCGUGUCCUCCAUACAAGAUCAUCAUCCUCGACGAAGCAGACUCGAUGACCCAGGACGCCCAAUCUGCUCUGCGUCGCACAAUGGAGACCUACAGCAAAAUCACUCGUUUCUGCCUUAUCUGCAACUAUGUCACACGCAUCAUCGAUCCUCUGGCCAGUAGAUGCAGCAAGUUCAGAUUCAAGAGCUUGGAUGGUAGCAAUGCUCGCAAGAGAUUGGAAAACAUUGCUGCCAUGGAGAAGGUCAAGCUCGAUGAUGGAGUUAUUGACACUCUGAUCCGUUGCGCUGAGGGUGACUUGCGAAAAGCCAUCACAUUUCUACAGUCGGCUGCUCGUCUCGCCGGUGCAGAACAAUCAAAACCUGAUGACGAUGCCAUGGACGUUGACGAUCAAGCCACAGCACGAUCAGUCUCGGUGCGCAGCGUCGAAGAAAUCGCUGGCGUGGUUCCUAAUCGUACUGUCGACCGCCUAAUUCAAGCCAUACAGCCCAACACAAGAGCUUCAGUUUAUGAUGCUGUUUCUCGCGUGGUUCAGGAUUUGGUCGCAGAGGGCUGGAGCGCUACCCAGCUAGUGUCACAACUGUACGAACAGAUCCUCAUGGAUGACUCGAUCGAUAACCCAAAGAAGAAUCGCAUUGUCAUGUCUUUCUCGCAGACAGACAAGAGAUUGAUCGACGGAAGCGACGAACACCUCACCAUUCUUGAUCUAAGUUUGCAGAUUGCCAGUGCUCUUGCUGGAACUUGA